AUGGCAUACGAGUUUCCACAACGCAUACUUGAAGAAGGAUCUGAGACGCAAAUUGAUAAAAUUAACAACACGUGUAGACGUACAAUUCUGGAGGAAGUGAAGGGUGUUCUCAACAUUGAGUAUGAUGAAGUUUUGAAAGAUCUUGUCUUCGGUCCGCUUUUGGCAAUCAUAGAGAACAAGCUCAUCUACUCAGGGAAGAUCAUUCACAGCUUCAUAUGCAAGCAGCUCAAGGUUUCGAAGCUUCACGAGCUGUGGUUUCUAUUUGCAAAGAGGCGUCUUAGGUUUUCUGCGCAAGAAUUUCAUGUUGUGACAGGAUUGAAGUUCAAAGAUGAACCUGACAUAAACUUCAAUGAUUGGAAGGAUGAUAAGGGGUUCUGGAGCAAUGUGCUGAGGAAAAAUAGAAAGGUCAACUUAUUCAUGAUAAGGACGAAGCUUCUUCACGAAUGCAACAAGUGGACGUAUGUGGACAGGGUUAGGCUAGUGUAUCUGUGUGUCAUACAUGGAUUCCUCAUAGCUAAGGAUUCAAGAGUGUUCAUCCCUCAUGAAUACAUCCGUUUGGUGAUGGAUUUUGAGAAGAUGAGGAUGUAUCCGUGGGGUCUUCACGCGUAUGACGAGCUGCUUGCAUCAAUACUCAAAGCAAGGAGAGAUUUGCAUCUGAAGAACAGUUACGUGUUGGAUGGAUUCUCCUAUGCGUUUCAGAUAUGGGUUAUGGAGGCAAUCCCUGACAUUGGUAGUAUGGGAGAGCUGUUCCCAUUUAUAUCUGCUACUGGGAACAAUGAUGUGGUUGUUAGCACUGAGUUCUAUAGGGAAGAUGAGAAGAAAGAUGAACGAGUUGGUCGUAUUGUUACUCUUCUCAAUGCCAAGCAGGAUUGGACGGAAUUCGUAUGGGAAGUCGAGGCUUUGCCUCCAACUUUGGAGCUUUCUGAUUCAGAAAAGGAUGGAGAGAAUGUUGAAGUCGAAGAUGUCACAGAUACACAUAUAGAGGAACCGGCUGUUGUUGCAAGAAGGGGCAAGCGUAAGCUAAAUGAUCCUGGUGCGGAGGCUCGAAAGAAAGAAUUGCUUUGUCAACGGACGGCUGAACAUAACAGUGGUAUCUCCAGUGGAAUGAAGACUUUCAUUGAAGGUUUGUUCACCUCUGCUUUCAACUCUUUCAAGGAGGUGGUGCAGAAUGACAUCCAAGAGCGUUUUGAGAACGUCCAGAAAGAGAUGGCUGAGCUCAAGCAAGCGGUGUCACAGAUUCCGGGUCCUUCUGAUACAAUGGGAAAAGACAGCGCAUCUGAGAUUCCUUGUCCUUCAGCAACAAUGGGGAAAUCAUCACAGAGUCCGUGUCCUGCAGCAACAAAGGAAAAAGGCAAAUACAAGGUUGAGGAGAGUGUGGUUCCUCCUACGGUUCGUCGUAGCCCUCGGCAAGGAAGAAAGGAGAUUGAAACCAAAACUGAUGAUAUGAUGGAUUUUUUGAAGAAUUUGUCACAAUCAUCUACCCAUGGGGAACCUUCAUCGAAAAAAAAGAAAUGA